GCUUUGGUUUGUCUAUAGCGUUGCGUUGCACAAUUCUCUCUCUUUUAGAAAAGUUGGACAGUGGACAUCAUUAAAUCCUUUGCCAUUCAUCAAAUUAAUCACCAAACAUCCUUUGAAUUCUUCUGACCCUGCAAAACAAGCAUGGCUCUCUUAAAUUCAUCUCUCAAAUCCUUGGUGCCUUUCCUUCAAUUGUUGUGCCUCGUAUUCCCCCUAGCAAAUCCUCUCUCCUUCAACUUCUCCAGCUUCAACCCGGACGAUAGAAACAUAAACUAUGACGGCGAUGCCUUUCCGAUGAACCAUAUCAUCCAGCUCACCAAGAACCAGCUCGACUCUUCGAUCGAGAGGAGCGUAGGCAGAAUCACAUAUGCCAUGCCGGUGCCAAUCUGGGACAAAGCUUCCAACGAGCUCGCCAAUUUCAACGCAUGUUUCUCAUUCACCAUCAAUGGCUUCAACAAAAGUGUAAGUGGCGAUGGUCUUGCCUUCUUCCUCUCAUCAUUCCCUUCCAACAUCCCAAAUAAUUCCUAUGGUGGAGCUCUUGGACUAUUUAACCGUACCGGCGGUAACGCGACAGAAGACCCGGUCGUGGCUAUUGAGUUCGAUACCUUCAAAAAUCCAGAGUAUAAUGAUUCAAGUUCCAAUCAUAUUGGAAUUGAUGUUAACACAAUCUUUUCCGCUGCAUGGUUGGAUUUGAAUGUUAGCAUCAGACAGAAGUUCGAGUUCAAUGCUUCUGUCAGUUACGAUGCACAAAGCAAAAAUUUAAGUGUCUUGCUUAGUACUCCUAAAAACAACACCUGGAAUUGGAGCCUCUCUUAUGGUGUUGACUUGAGGCAGGUCCUGCCGGAAAAGGUAGCCGUUGGCUUCUCGGCCGCCACCGGUAACCAAGUCGAGUCACACUGCUUAUUGUCUUGGAAUUUCAGUUCCUCUGAUUUGAGUCAUCAGGACUAUGGUCCCAAUCCACAUCCAAACACCAAUUCCAAGCAUAAGCCUAGUUUUAAACUUUUUGGGCUUGUCAUUGGCAUUGGGAUAUUGGUCUGUGGGUUGGUUUUGAUUUGGCUUGGAAGAUGUUUAUAUAAGAUGGCUGUUACAGGGAAGAAGGAAGAGAUGGCUAUUGAUUCAUUAAUCCAUGAUACGUUUGAGAGAAGGAGAUACUCUUACAGUGUGCUUGUGAGUGCAACCAAAAGUUUUUCCAGCGAGGGGAAACUUGGGGAAGGAGGAUUUGGGGAGGUCUACAAGGGAGUACUGCAUGACUCCAAACUAGAGGUGGCCAUUAAAAGAAUCUCUAGAGGUUCAAACCAGGGAACAAAAGAGUACAUAUCUGAAGUCACAAUUAUAAGCCGGUUACGACAUCGCAAUCUUGUGCAGCUCAUUGGGUUUUGCCAUGAGAGGGGUGAUCUGCUGCUUGUCUAUGAGUACAUGCCAAACAGAAGCCUUGAACACCAUCUCUACAGUGAGGAAAGAUUGCUUGCAUGGCCAGAAAGAUAUAAAAUUGCUCAGGGAUUGGCCUCAGCCUUGCUCUACCUUCAUGAAGAGUGGGAGCAAUGUGUAGUCCAUAGAGAUGUGAAGCCUAGCAACGUGAUGUUAGAUUCAGAGUUCAAUGCGAAGCUCGGAGACUUCGGCUUGGCAAGGUUGAUGGAUCAUGAUAGCAAUCCAGAAACAACGAUCCUAGCAGGGACCAUGGGAUAUAUUGCACCAGAAUAUGCUACCACAGGAAAAGCUAGCAAAGAGUCUGAUGUCUAUAGUUUUGGAGUAGUAAUACUAGAAAUCGCAUGCGGUAGAAAGCCAAUUGAAGCCAAGGAGAAGCGAGGCAAGGUGAAAUUGGUAGAGUGGGUUUGGGAGCUUUAUGGGAACAAGAUGUGUUUGAAUGCAGCGGACCAAAGGUUAAUGGAAUAUGAUCCACAACAAAUGCAGCAGUUGAUGAUUCUGGGGCUGUGGUGUGCCCAUCCAGAUUACACUCAGCGGCCAUCCAUAAGGCAUGUUAUCAAUGUUCUCAAGUUCAAUGCUCCACUGCCAAUUUUGCCACCAAAGAUGCCUGUUCCGAUGUUCUGUUCUCCUCCAGUUGAAGCAUCUAGUCUUUGCAAUAGCUACUCUACUGUGUCGACUCAAUCAAGUUUGGGGAUUGAAGAUGGAAAGCCAUGUCAAAAAGUUGAGCAUUGACACCGUUCUACUCCUUAGAUUAGCAUAUAAGAUUUUAGCUAUACAAGUUUGUAUCCUCUUAUCUAUAUGCAACUUAUUUAGGUUGUGUUUUUUGUAAUUUCAAUAUAAAGGGAUUCAGUUAAACAUUGGAAUAAUUAUAUGACUUGAUGUAACAUCAAUAUUUUGAUGAAAUUAUGUUUGGGUUUGUCUUCA